CGCUAUGUCGAGGUUCCACUCCCUGCAGGCUGGCAGACAAUGGCUAAGACCGUGCACGAAUUCGACGAAGACAAGGUCCGAGACUGUAAGGAAGACAUCGACACCCUUCUAGUAUUCACCGGUCUGUACUCGGCCGUCCUAUCAGCAUUCGUCAUCGAGUCCUAUACCGACCUCCAGCCAGACCCAAACACUCAGAUGACCUUCCUGCUCGAACGAAUCGCCAAUCAGACCCAGAGCUACACCGUCACAUCCGGGACCCUCAACUCCACCGCCCAACCGGCCCCUGCCCCUCCCCAGUUCACCGCUCCGCUAUGGGCCGUCCGCGUCAACGGCCUGUGGUUCGCGAGUCUCAUCAUCAGUCUCGCGACAGCAUCAUUUAGCAUGCUUGUCAAGCAGUGGCUACGCGAGUAUCUUGCAUUCGAGUACACUUCCCCGCAGGAGCGCCUCCGUGCACGCCAGUACCGCAAGCCAGGGCUGGGCAAGUGGAAGGUCUUCGAGAUCGCAGCCGUACUUCCGAUGCUACUCCAGUUGUCGCUCGGCCUGUUCUUCAUUGGACUUUGCUUCUUCACUGCAAAUGUUGACGAGCAGAUAGGCCUCACUUGCAUACCGCUCGUCUCAGGCUGGGCCUUCUUCUUUGUUGUCACUACGCUUGCACCGCUUAUCUCGCCACGAUGCCCGUACAAGAUGCCACUGCUCAAGGCAGUCAUGCGGGCCGCGAGGAUACAAAUCACUAUGAAGAUGCGUCGGUCAUUGACCUCCUUUCUCGGGGACCUGGAGAGCAUGAUUGGACACUCGAGGUCGAGGCCG